GAUCGAACUGACCUGCAGCAUCUGCCUCGCAUGUCGAAAAUCCGUCCAGACAGCCUGUGAGGAAUAUUGCUUUUAAAGUAAUCCAAAGGAAUCCAAAACUUCACUUGGGUGGAGUGGGACUUGGGGAAGGUGGCGAGCGAUUUGAGGGGGGGGAGGCGUGGGGCGUGAUGAGUUGUGACGGCCAACUCUUCCGUCCCCUACCACCCGGCAUGUGCUCCCACCACCGCCGUCGCGAUCUCGCCUUAACUCCGCGGUCAAUCUCCCGGCUCAAACGCCAUCAUCACCACCGCCUGCCCGGUACCCGUUCGGACCGCUCACGCUGAGCAAAAGCGGCAACUUAAUUCCCUUCUUCCUCUCAUCUCAUCAUCUCUCCACCAGCUAACCUUCCUCAUGGAUCCGGACGCUCCUCUCGCACGCGCUCUCUUCCAGCUGACCCCGACCCGGACUAGGUGCGACCUAGUGGUCUUCUCGGUCGCGGGGGGCGGCGGCGAGAAGAUAGCGUCGGGGCUGCUAGAGCCAUUCCUCUCCCAUCUGAGAUGCGCCAGAGAUGAGAUCCCCAAGGGCGGCUACUCCAUCACCCUCCGCCCCCACUCCGCGUCGCCGCCCGCCUGGUUCACCAAGGCCACUCUCGAGAGGUUUGUUCGGUUCGUUAGCACUCCUGAGAUCCUGGAGCGAGUGGUGACGAUAGAAAGGGAGAUCCUACAGAUUGAGGAUUCCAUUCACUUGGGAGAGGCAUCUAACCUCACGGGAACGGAUCUAACGGAUCAAGGCAACGUAACUCUUGCAGACAGCAACAAAAAGAAGCCAGCGAUUCCUUCUGAGUUGAAAGUGGAAUCUCAUGGUCAUGAUGCUUCACAGAGAGAAAACUCCAAGAUUUGCCUUCAAAGAAGUUUAGAAACUCGAAAAGUGGUUCUCUUGAAAGAGCAAGGCAUGGCAUAUGCUAGAGCCUGUGUUGCUGGCUUCGAACUAGCUCACGUUGAGGAUCUUGUGUCAUUUGCUGAUGCUUUUGGAGCUUCUCGUUUGAGGAACGCAUGCUUGGAAUUCAAAGAAUUGUGUAAGAAAAAGGAGAAAGAUAAGCUUUGGAUGGAUGAAUUAGCAGCAAUGGAAGCAAUUUCCAGACUAGCAGUGUCACAUUCAUAUGACACGCCAGUGGGUCAUGUGGCUGCUUGUCAAGUUGAGCCAAAUAGCACUCUUGAUGAAGCAUCAGCUGAUAAAACAAAUACCUCUGCAUGCUCAAAUACAAACAAAGAUGACCACAUGCAUGAGCCAAUUCAGGAGAAAUUGCAUUCUGUAAAUGAUAAUAUAUUCCAUGGUAAACCUCAAUCUCCAAUUGGUUUGGCAAAUCAUCUGCCUCAGUACAUGUAUGGUUUUCAAGGUCCUGUUGCACAGCAAAUGUCUCCGUACCAAGGGCAUGCUUUUUCUGGUAUGCAAUUCAGUUCUCCAUAUUAUCUAGGAAAUCUUCAAAAUAUGCAGUGGCCUCCAUAUACAGAAGCGUUCAAUCAUGGUGUCUCGAAGAAUGAGGAUCGUCAUCGAAGGAGCAACAAGCCUCCCCACUUGAAAGAAAGAUACUCAAAUGGAAAAGCAAACAGAAGCAGGCAAACUACUUCGGGGCUGCAAGAUGGGUUCUCUGACCAGAAUUCCUCUGGUUCAGGUAGUGAAUCAAUUGAUGAAUUGGAUCAUGACAUGUCAUCCGGCAAGGAGACCCUGGAAACAGGAGUAACUAAAAAACAGAGGCCCAAAAACAAGAACUCAAGAACAGUUGUCAUUCGCAAUAUUAAUUACAUUUCUUCGAAAGGAAAAGAUGGUGGCAGCUAUGGUUCCUCUGAUGAUUCAUUAGUUAAAGAUGAUUUCUUGGAUGGGGAUUUCCUAAAAGACAAGGUAAAAAAUGUUGUUGACUCUAUACAGAAGCACCGCAAGUCCAGCCGGCAUGGUAACAAGGAAAGAUGUCAGGUUAUGAAUUCCAGCGAAGCAGAUCAUGGAGAGAAUAGCUCAGAAGCAAAAGCUUGCGAUGUUGAAAAAGGCAAUGAAAGUUGGCAAACUUUUCAGAAUAUUUUGAUGAAAGAAGAGGAGUUUGAUUAUAAUGAAAUGGAACAUAGAAGCAGAGGCAUAGUUGACAGUAAUUCACAGCACAGUGUAGAAGUUGGGGAUGAGUUCUUCAUGAUUAAAGACUCUGAAUUGACAGAGCAAUCUGUUCAUAGCUGUCCACGUGAUGUAGAAAUUGACACUGGAACAAAACACCAGACAGUUGCAACUGACUCUAUCAUAAUAACUGAGAGGGAUGCUAAUAUUGCAGAUGGGCGACACAUGGAAAAUUUUGAGUGUGAUGAAAAUUACUGCAGAAGCUUACAGAAAACCCAGGGUGUCAAUGAGGACCUGUUAUAUAUGCAGAGUAUAAAACCAGAGGGUAACGUCCAAGAUACUCAGUCUAAUUAUAUGAAUGAACCAUUUGUAUACAGAAAUCAGAGAGGCGAAGAUUGGUUUGUUGUCAGCCGAUCUGAUAGAUUGACGGAAGCACAGUUAUCUGCAGAGCACACUUUAUAUGAAGAUGACCAGGCUAUAGCAAUACAUGAUGACCAUAAGUGCAGCAUGGAAACAGUUAAGGAAAAACCUCUGAUUGAUGACUCUUUCAUGGUUCCUACGAGGUCAAUCGUAAAUGAGCAACAUAUUUCUCAGUGGGAAACAGAUAUGAGCAUCAUUUCUGGCAUUACAUUGGUUGAUGCCACAUGUCACACUGACAACACGGGUCAUUCCAAAGAAGAUGUUAGAAUUUUACAUCACUGUGAGCCUGAUGAUCUCCAGAUAGUGUUAGAACGGGAUCCAGGUAUUGAAACUGCAUACUGGAUUCCUGAAAUAGAUUACACUGCAGAGAUUACAUAUGCCAAGGUCAACGAACAGAACUCUGGUGCUGAAACAAAUAGUUGUACCGGUGAUAUUGUGCUACCUAAAUGUAAGGAGGGCAAAAGGAAUGGUGAUAUUGAAAAAAAAUCCCUAGAUAAGAAUGGUGGUAUCGAAAAAAAACUUCUAAAUAAAGGUUCAAAAGCUAAAGUUGUACGUGGAUCUCUUGGAAACAGUGAAUCUAAUGUUUUAUCAAGUAAUAGGAGACCACCUGCCAUAAGCAAAGCAGCAGCUCAAAAGAGUAAAAUCGAGAAGGAAGAAGAAAAUAGGAAAAGAAUCGAGGCAUUAUUGCUCCAGCGUCAGAAGAGAAUUGCUCAGAGAAGUGCAAGUAAAACUACCAAUUCAGCAGCAUUCAAAGAGAGCAAAACAGAAAGUAAAGCCACAACAGGUUCUUUAAAGCAUGAUGGAAGAAUCUCUCUCUCUGCAAGUCAAGUAAAGAAUAGGCCAAAGCUGCAUAAAUUAGAUAUCACAAAUACAGCCAAGGAAAAACAUAUGCAUGGGCAGAACAUAAAAAUUUCAGAGAUAGUAGAGUCAACGCCGCCACCUCCAAGUAUUGUGAACUCUGAGGCAUCGUACUCAAGGAAGAAAUGGAUCAGCAAUGGAAGCUCUGCGACAACAAAACCAAUCAAGGAGCUACUAUUUGGACAAGAAAUUUAGAAAUUUCAUGAGUAAUUGAUUUGAAUCUCCUUCAGCUAAGAGAAAGGAAUAUCAAAGUGAAUAAAUUAUUAGAUGGGACUACUUCAGUGAUAUUUAUAUUCAUUAGCAGGCAGCCAUGUUCAGCCAGUGCUGCUUGAUACCUCCUUCGAUUUGGGAUUGCUGCCAUCAUGAGCAAAACAUAUACCUCUGGAUAUGGUAUGAUUGUCUUAUUUUUAUGGAGUAUUGGAUAGAGGAGAUUAUUUUUGUUUUUCUUUGUUGCUGGGGGUGAUUACUUGCAUAGUUGAGUUUGUUUGUUGUGCUAUUGAUUCGAUUGUUUUGAACUCGUUAUCACUCGAGAUGGUAAAGAUGCAUGCACAUUCUUUCACAA